CAAGAAGCAUCUACAACUUCUUUUGAUAAUAUUGUUAAGACAGCAAUGGCUAUAGAAACCUCUAAAUUUGAAUCCAAGGAAAUGGAAAGCGAAAAUUACACAAACAUUAAUAAAAUUUCAUUAAAGAAGAAUAAUUACAGAAAAAAUCAGAGCAAAAAUAUAUACAAGGAAAAUACAGACCAUAAGAAUGAAGAUAAAAUAAAAUGUUACAGAUGUGGGAAAAAUAAUCAUACAGCUUACAAAUGCCGACUGAAAAAUAAAAUAUUUUGCAGGAAUUGUAACUUAAAAGGGCACGUAGAAUCAGUAUGUUUCAAAGAACAAAAACAAUUACAAAUGUAUGACACAUCCAAUUCCAAUAUUAGCGAUGAGGAAGAGAUUUUUGAAAUAAAUAAAUUACAUACAGGAAAUACAAAUACAGAAAAUGAUAAAUUCAAUAUUACACUUCAAUUAAAUGGGAAAAUGCAUACAUGGGAACUUGAUACAGGAGCAGCGGUGACUACAUGCUCGGCAAAAUAUUACAAAGAAAAUUUUCCUAACCUGAAAUUACAAAAUACAAAGAUUAAACUAAAAACAUACACAGAUGAAAUCCUUCAUCCGAUAGGAACCUGCUUAAUACAAAUAAAAUACAAGAAUAAGGAAGUAAAAGAAAGAUUAUUUGUCAUAAAUAGAGAUGUAGAUCCAGUUGUUGGAAGAGAAUGGAUAAGAAAAUUAGGGAUCCAUUUUGAAAUACAUAAACUAAAUAAAGUAGAAAAAGAUAUAACAGAAAAGGAGUUCAAAGCGAAGUUAGAGAGUUUACUUGAAGAAUACAAGGACUUGUUUGUGGAACAAAUUGGAGAGAUAAAAGACUAUGAAGCUUCAUUCAAACUAAAGGAAAGUGUUAAACCUGUAUUCUUGAAACCAAGACCUGUACCGUUUGCCCUACGAGACAUGGUGGAAAAAGAAUUAGACCGAUUGGAAGAAGUCGGAAUUCUGGAGAAGGUCACAUACUCUCAGUGGGGUACACCAAUAGUACCAGUAGUUAAGCCAUCUGGACAAGUACGAUUAUGUGCAGACUACAGGUCUACACUGAAUAAAAAUUUAGAAAAUGAUAACUACCCAAUUCCACGAGUCGAGGAGAUAUUUUCCAAGCUGAGUGGUGGUAAAUAUUUUUGCACCUUAGAUAUAAAUCAGGCGUACUUGCACAUGAAGACAGAUGCAGCUACAUCUGAAAUGCAAGCCAUAAGUACAUGUCAAGGGACCUACAAAGUUAAGCGGCUAAUGUUUGGUGUAAAGAUUGCUCCCAAUAUCUGGCAAAGAUACAUGGAUCAAACUCUUCAAGGGCUUCCAGGUACAGCUUGUUUCUUUGAUGAUAUUGCUUUACAAGGAGAAACAUAUUUACAAUUACUCCAAAGAAUAAAGAUAGUUUUUGAAAAAUUACAGAAGUGCGGACUACACCUGAACAGGAAGAAAUGCCAAUUUUUCCAGAAGUCCAUCACUUACCUGGGACACAUGAUUGAUGUAAAAGGUUUACACCCUACAGAAGAAAAGGUUAUGGAGCAGUAUUAUCACAUAUAAUGCCAGACAAGUCAGAACGACCAAUAGCUUUUGCGUCCAGAUCCCAUCCUCGUCGCCAGUUUGUUGUAUAUGUACUUGGAAAUAAACUUCGUAAUCGGC